GACAGCUGAGAGAGCCAACCGCAUCUAUCAUCUUGAAGCCAUUAGACCAAUUGGAGGUUGGCGGGGGAGGGCGGACUCUGUUUGCAGCAUCCCUGAAGCAGCCCCUGUUGUGUGAAAUACAAGAAAGGGCAAGACCGGGGGACGAAACGAAGAACCAACCGGAGAACGGGAAGGGGAUAUUGUGGAGGCUGCCGGGAUAGGGUAACUCUGGUGUGUGGAGUCCAUCUUCACAGAAAGAUGGCUGUUUUGUCAAUGUAAACAGCCUGUGCAGUACCUGCAUUGCUAAAGGGGGAAGCAAAAGAGGAGGAGGGGCAGCCGCUGGAGGAAAUGCUGCCUCUUCCAAUGAAAUUUUACCCUCUCUAGCUACCCCGGCCUGCCGCAGAUCACAUCUGAAGUCAUGCCUGUUGUAUAUUAAGUUUAUAUCAUCCAGCUCAUAUGGCCAAAGCAUCAUUAAUGCCUCAGCAGACCCCACACCAGAGGGAAAGACACCUGCGAUGACCAUGAGACGCACUAGAGGCUGAGCGAUACAUCAACAUCCACACACAGAUUGAAAAUACAUCCUUCAGUUGAAACUGUUACACCUGACCAUGGCUGUGACUGCAGCUGAGACAACUACAAGUUUUCUCUCCACAACUGCCACGACCACCCCACUCCCCUUUCUCUUAACGAGCAAAAGCGCUAGAGACAAUGUCACCUCCAGAACAUCAUUAAUGACUGUUACUAUAACAACAAACGAGACCAGCUUCAACGCCACGACGUUUCCGAAGGCGGUGAUCGAGGGCUCGGGAAUGGGAAUGGUGCUCGUACCCUUUGGCAUCAUCACUGUCAUUGGCUUGGCAGUGGCAAUUAUGCUGUAUAUUCGGAAACGGAAGCGGUUGGAGAAGCUGAGGCACCAGCUUAUGCCCAUGUACAAUUUUGACCCGGCUGAAGAACAAGAUGACCUGCUGGAACAGGAACUACUGGACCACGGCCGGGAAGGCAGCCUCACAGGUCCCAAUGCAAAGUUUUGACAAUGACAUAAUGGUAACAGGAAAACAUGGUAAAGUACCACCUGAGUGUCUUUUGAACCAUCUCUUUUAAACCUCUGUUUUCCCCACAAUCCUCAUUCUUUCAUUAUUUCAGUAUCUCAAACAAUAACCAGUAGGUUAGAUGUUUGUAAUGUGUAAUGGUUGUCAUUUCAUAUAAACUAAUCUAUAUCAAAGUAUGCUAACAGAGACACAAACCAACACAAUCAAAGUCUUUACCUUUGAACCUACAUCUAUAUUAUCUUUCAUCCUUUCCUUUGUGUUCCUUCAACUUAAUACUUUAACGUCACAUUUUCCAGGGGCCACAUGCACAAAAAGUAAAAAGUAUGCAAAACACCACCUUUUUCAUUUUCAAAUAAUCAAAUCCUUCCACUCAUGUGUUUAAUACCAUCGCAUGUUGAAGACUUCCAGUGGUAGAGAACAUUCAGAGUGAUGUGCUAAAUUAUAAAUGCAGUUUUAUUAAUUUUUAAAUGUUUUGUUCCCUAGCCAAACUCUCAUAAGACGAACGUAAGCUCACAAGCUCAAGGCCCACUUACUGGCUUUUUCCAUAGCUUUCAACUGCAUCUCACAAGUUGCAACUGAAACAAACUGAGCAAACGUCAUUCAUUGAUGAAGUACAUGUAAUGCCGUUGAAAGCAUGCAAAAUAGCUAGAAAGUAGACCUUGGUUAAGAUUAUUUAGUCAAACCCUUGUUGAGCAUUGCAUUGCAAAACAAUGAUGUGUCCAUCAGCACUACAAUUAUCAACCAAUUUUUAGAAUGCAGGUUGGCAUUUUUAAUAAUACUGGUGAAUUUAUUACAUACCCUAAACAGUUUGCAUACUAUGGUUUUAGACAUGUGGCUCUGGUUUAAGUAAUCAAUCACACUCUAAAUCUGUAGGUCGAUUUAGCUGUUUUGAUGGUCCUAAAAUGAACAAAACAGAAUGUCGCACUGGAACAACUAGCUGUCAUCACUAUUACAAUCCAAGGCUGGAGUUAAUGUCACUAACAGUUUUAUCUCCCAUCCGUCCUGCUGCCCAUCUCCUCUGCAGACUCUCACAACCUCCCAGGGGACCAUGCAGAGGCCCAGUCGUCUGGUCUUCACAGAUGUAGCCAAAGCUCUCAACGCUUAACAGCUCUCUUCCAUUAGUUGAUCCAUCGAUAUACAGACUGUCUCUCAGGAAGGAAAACAAAGGGACAACUGGACUAUUUUUUGGAACAACUGGAGCUUUGGUGAACGUUUUCCUCACUACCACGCAGUACCUGAAAUGGGCGUGUUUUUCAACAAUAACAACAAACAAACGUAGGGUGCAUGUAUCAUAAGGGAGCAUAACGGGAAGCUUCACAUAUAAUCUUGCACUGUUGUCAUUUGGCGCACAAAUGCAGUGCAAUGCACUAUUCUUGAAUCAUGUUGUGUCAUUGCUGUUAAAAUGUUUGGUAGCUUGUCAGUGAAGUUAUUCUGAGCUUCAAUAUCUACUUCCAUGUUUGAUAAGAGAGUGUUAUACUGAUUUUGUGUUCUUUCGUCUCUGACAAGCUUGAACUCCGGAUGUGUUACCAUCCUUAAGUGAACUGUCCCUCUCCAUUUUGUUUCUUCUUUAUUGAGCAAUGAAGGAUUGUUUCCGUCUGUAUACAUUAAAACCAAUUUGAAAAA